AUGGCAGCUAGAAAUGUUCAGCGAUUUUAUGGAAGCGGAUCUCGCGCUGUUAAAGAAGGUUUGCAAUUUCAAGCUGACGGUUAUGUUUUUGUCGAUGAUAUUCUUCGACACCCGUCAUUUACCAAAUAUACCAUCGACGAUGUUCAUGAAUGCGUCGAAAAGAAUGAGAAGAAACGUUUUGGACUGAAAACGGAUGAAAUCACCGGAAAAGAAAUGAUUCGUGCACAUCAAGGACAUUCAAUACAGGAUUUAGACAUCGAUAUGAGAGAAAUCACAGACCCGAAAGAAUUCCCUACUGUUUUACAUGGCACUUAUAGAAAGCAUUGGUCUUCGAUCUGUAAUAAAGGUUUAUCAAAAAUGGGCCGACAACAUGUUCAUUUUGCACCAGGAUUACCCAAAGGAGCUGGUGUGGUCAGUGGUAUGCGAGCUAGUGCAGAUUUAUACAUCUAUAUUGAUAUGGAGAAAGCUUUGAAUGAUGGUUUAAAGUUUUUUGUAUCUAGUAACAAUGUCAUCCUUUCCCCUGGUAACGAAAAUGGAUGUAUUCCCACUCGGUAUUUUCGUUUGGUCGAGGACCGUCGUGGUGAGAGAAUUUCGCUACCCGCUGAAUCAUUUGAAAGAACCACAACUGACACUCGCUAG